AUGGAAGCAGGAAGUAAGGAUAAGAUCUUGAAAUCAUCAAAUCAUCCUUCAUGGGUUUUCUGCUUCCCCAGCAAACAUUUUUCAUCUACUCCGUCAACAACAAAAGAUCCAGCAUUCAUCGGUGUGGAUUCCAAGACAAUUCAAAGAAAGCCUGCUGGAUGGAAAGCCAUGCCUUACAUUUUAGGGAAUGAAACAUUCGAGAGGUUAGCAUCAUACGGGCUGACAGCAAACUUUAUGGUGUACUUGCUCUCACAUUAUCACAUGAAUCAGAUUUAUGCUGCAAACUUACUUACCAUAUGGGCUGGCACAACAAAUUUUGCACCGUUGAUUGGUGCAUUUCUGUCCGAUGCUUAUCUCGGUAGAUUUAAGACUCUUGCGUAUACAUCUUUUAUAUCUUUCAUGGGACUGCUCGUUCUGACGUUAACGGCUGCAAUUCCAGACUUAUAUCCUCCGUCGUGUACGCCAGAACAACUACAACAUGGCCAAUGCAUAUGCCCUUCUAAAUCUCAGCUUGGUUUUCUAUUCUUGGCAUUAGGGCUUCUGACAGUCGGAGCUGGUGGAAUUAGGCCAUGCAGCAUUCCAUUUGGAGUCGAUCAAUUUGACCCAACAACUGAUGAGGGGGAAAAAGGGAUAACCAGCUUCUUCAACUGGUAUUAUUUCUCCUUCACGGUUGUUAUCAUGAUUGCUCUCACUGUCAUUGUUUACAUACAAGGACUUAGUUGGGUUUGGGGAUUUGCUAUUCCGACGUUUCUCAUGUUCUGCGCAAUUGUGUUGUUCUUCGCUGGUACACGAAUUUAUGUGUACAUCCAGCCUGAUGGAAGUGUAUUCUCUGGCAUUGUGCAAGUGUUUGUAGCGGCAUACAGAAAACGGAAACUCAAGCUUCCUAGUUCAUUCGAAAAUGCGGUUGAUGAACAUGUUCUGUAUGAUCCCCCAGUGAAAGGAUCUUCAAUUAUCUCUAAGAUACCCUAUACUGACCAGUUCAGAAUCUUAAAUAAAGCUGCUAUAAAAGAAGACGGAGGAUUAAAACCAGAUGGAACUCCAGUGAACAAAUGGAGAUUGUGCAGUAUUCAACAAGUAGAAGAACUAAAAUGCAUAAUAAGAGCAAUGCCGAUAUGGGUCUCAGGCAUUAUCUGUUUCACAGCCAUUGUUCAACAACACACAUUUACAGUCUUACAAGCUUUGAAAAUGAAUAGACACCUGGGACCCAAAUUCCAAAUCCCUGCUGGUUCGCUCUCCGUAAUCUCCAUGAUUACAAUAGCAUUAUGGCUUCCUAUCUACGACCGAAUCCUCGUACCUAAUCUGCGUGAAAUAACGAAAAAAGAAGGUGGAAUUACCAUACUCCAAAGAAUGGGAAUUGGGUUGUGCUUUUCAGUCUUUGCGAUGAUUGCAGCUGGUUUUGUAGAAAAGAAAAGACGGGAAUCAGCAGUUGUUGCUGCUAGACCAGAUGGAAUUGCACCUAUUACGGUUUUAUGGCUCGCGCUACAACUAGUUCUUAUGGGUCUAGCUGAAGCUUUCAAUGUAAUUGGACAGAUAGAAUUUUACAAUAAGGAGUUUCCUGAGCAUAUGCUAACGGUUAGCAAUUCAUUACUGCAUUGUUCUAUUGGUGCAGCCUUUUACUUUAGCAGCUUUCUUGUUGCAAUAGUUCAUGAGAAGACGAGUAAAAAUGGCCGUUCCGGAUGGUUUGAUAACAAGAACAUAAACAAUGGAAGACUGGAAAACUUUUACUUUCUAAUCGGAGGACUGGGAGCUGCUAAUUUCAUAUAUUUUCUAUUUGUUGCUCAUCUAUAUCGGUAUAAAGGAAGUGCCAUUCAUGAUGAUGAUGUUUCUGUAAAAAAGGUCGUUUUAGUUUAA